GCGCGGUGACUGUUGCCGCACAUGCUCACUCCGCACCGUCACUCAUCCUCUUGUUUAGUUCCUGAUUCCUCAGAGCUGCAGUCCCUGCGCUCCGGCUAAAACAGCAGCAAUGAUUCAGCCAGCACAUUGCCCCCCCAGAUGCAGCCGCAGCCGCCGGGCCUUCCCUGUACCGGCCAUGAAUCCCCUGUGAGAUGCAUGCAGGAGCGGCGCAGGCAGGCAGGCAGCAGCAUCCAUAGAGGAAUGGCAGGCAGGCGAUGCUGUCAGCCCAUGUAUUCGUUGCAGUGAACGUCGUCUCCUUCUCCGGCAGCAGACGCCGACUUCACCUUCCCCCGAAGACGGAAUCAUGGAUUUCAGCAAUUCCUCCGUGUUUGAUCAACACAAAGGUGACUCAUCGGAAGAGAUUGACUUGUCUGUGGUUUAUCAAGCGUCAGCUAAUGGCGAUGUCAACACACUGACGGCGAUCAUCCGUGAAGACCCUUCAAUCCUAGAAUACUGUGACAAUGAAGGGUGCACGCCUUUGAUGCAUGCUGUGUCCGGACGCCAGGUUGAUACCGUGAAACUACUGCUGAAAAUGGGAGCUAAUAUCAAUACACAAGAUGCCUGCGGAAGAACAAGCCUGUCCUUAGCAACGUAUCUGGGCUGGCUGGAGGGCUGUGUGAGUCUGCUCAGGAAUGGAGCCAAGCAGAACAUCCCGGAUAAAAAUGGCCGACUUCCUCUCCACGCCGCCACUGCAGAGGCUGAUGUCAGACUUUUAUCUGUUCUACUGCAGCAGUCAACUCUGAGUGAGAUCAACCACCAGGACAAUGAGGGGAUGACAUCACUGCACUGGGCAGCGUUUCACAACCGGCCACAACAUGUGCAGAGCUUGCUGCAGAAAGGAGCAGAUCCUACUCUGGUGGACAAAGACUUUAAGACAGCUCUACAUUGGGCAGUACAGAGUGGAAACCAAGUGUUGUGCUCCAUAAUCCUGGACCACCAGCAGGGACAAGCCACCAUCAACUAUGACGAUGAGAAUGGAAAGACGUGCAUGCAUAUAGCUGCCGCUGCCGGAUACAGCGACAUCAUCUGUGAGCUGGCCAGAGUCCCAGAAUGCAAUCUGCAGGCCCUGGAUGUAGAUGACAGAACUCCGCUGCACUGGGCCGCAGCUGCUGGAAAAUCAGAUUGUGUGCAGACUUUGCUGAAGUUAGGAGUAGAUAUGAACCCCAGGGACAUCAAUGAGAAUACACCCCUCACCUAUGCCAUGUACUGUGGGCACACCGCAUGCAUCAAGCUGCUUUCUCAGGAGAACAGUAGACCAGAUCCCUUCCAGCCAUUGACCUCCCCAGGCACCAAAGCCAUGAGGAAAGAAGGACGUCUCACUGUGCUAAAUCAGAUAUUUUCAUGUAAGAAGAAGAGGGUGGACCAGAAAUCUCACCAGAAAGACAAACUCAGGUAUAACGGAGAGGAGACCUCCGAGGUCGAUGACAUCAUCACCACGUUUGACUGUAUUCUGGACACGAACUGCAAAGACCCCCAAGAUGACUGCGUGACCUCAGUGACCUGCAAAAAAAGGAUGAUGGAGUCUCAGAAGUAUUUGUUACCAGAAAACAAGCAGAACUGCAAAGGUCUUCCGCCCAUACGAACGCAGAGCCUCCCUCCCAUAACCCUCGGAAACCCUUUUUUAACCACUUUACAGACGUCAUCGGACGCCCCGCAGAGUAACCCUUUCCAUUUUGCACACAGAUCUCAGAAGAGCAAGAGUGAGCAUGACCUGUUUGACCACAGGAUUAGUGGCCAUGCCUUGCAAGACAAUCCCUGGAAUGUAGCUGCUAACCAAAUCCUGCCCCAUAAAGCAUGGACUUCACCACAGCCAGACAAGCUCAAGCAUCGGGUGCUACCCAAAAAGUCAAAUCAUAUAGACAGUCUCUGUCCUCCUCCUCCUCAUCUUCCUCACAUGGACAAUACACAUUCAGGUUACGAUUCAACACAUCUUUCCCAAGAAAAACCAAGGCUGAAAGAAUCGCGUCUAACGCGGAAUAACUUGGCUCCUAUACCGGAUCACUGUGUUAAGAAAAUCCAGCUGCCAACUGGUCAAGUCUGUCAGGGCGUGAAUAAGUCGAUGUCGUUGCCUUCAAAUUCAUUAAGAACUGGGAAUAGUUUGUCUCCGUUGAUCAUUUCCAAACCUCAGAGUCACUCUUUGUACUCCUUUCUGCCCGUCCUGAGACGCGAACCCCUGAGGACGACGCGCGUUCUCCCAGCCAUCCCGAGCCAGCGCGUACAGAGCACAACCGAAGGCCUUACAUCAUCCCCCAACAAGUCCGAUACCAACAACUAGCACCCAGCCCCCCUCCGUGUGUUCCAUGUCUGUUCCUCUGUAGGUGGUCGGGUUUGUGGGAUACGUCGUGUGAGUCAUUUGUAAGUCGAAUGAGUAUGGUCAUCACCUCUGUAUUUUUUGCUAUUUUUUUUUAAAAAGAAAAUUUUCUAAGUUGUUAUUUUGUGAUCUUCCAUGACCAAUUAUUGGAGAGAUUUACAAGAAAUUUAUGAAUUCUCUAUGUUCGUAAAUGUCGCUGUUUUGUUUUUUUUCUAAAAUCAGAUAUUUGCUUUAAAAGUGUUAAAUAAAAUGGA